AUUGGAUGAAUCCCUCCCUCGCCUCAACUUACAGAGCACCCAGGAGCACUUACAGAAUUUGGAGUUCAAAUUCAAUCCUCAUCUUCCGGGCACCUGGAAGCCUUAGGAUAUCAAUCUUUCACGACAGUCUUCUCAUCAUAUCUCAACGUGGUUCCUUGUUCCUCCCCUUUCACUGUCGUAAUGGGAGCGCACAAUGUAUCAGACUGGCAAAAGCUGCCACUGAGUCUCAGCGAGCUCUGUAUCGAGACAACCCUUCGGUGUGGACAAUCGUUCCGAUGGCGGAAAAUCAACGAUGAGUGGCAUUGUGUGCUCCGAGGCCGUAUCAUAUCGCUCAAACAAGAUGCCUCACAUCUCCAUUACAAAGUAACAUGGCCCAACUACGCCCCUGGGCUGCUCACAUCUCCGGUCUCCAUGUCUUCCGCUUGCGCUCCCACCCUAAAGGACAACGACAGUGAUGCUGAGAAGGAUGACACCUACUCCCUUCUGCACAGCUACUUUGCCCUUUCUCACCCGUUAUCUUCCCUCUACACGCAAUGGGCUGCUUCCGACACCAACUUUGCCCGCCGUGCCCCGGCAUUCACCGGCAUCCGAAUCCUUAACCAAGAUGCCUGGGAGGCCUUGGUUGCCUUCAUCUGCAGCAGUAACAACAACAUUUCACGCAUCAGCCAGAUGGUCCAGAAGCUAUGCAUCCAUUACGGUCCGUACAUUGGGACCAUUGAAGGGGAACCCUUCCAUGACUUUCCAGGACCGGAAGCCUUAUUAGGGAGCCAUGUUGAAAGUCACCUUCGACACCUCGGCUUUGGCUAUCGCGCAAAAUACAUCGCUGAGACCGCCUGCAUUCUUUCAAAGUUCAAGCCCGCAGGAUGGCUCCUACAACUCAGAAACCCGGCUUGCCCGGCAUUCGACGUUUUAGGAGAGAAGUACGGAACGCCGGAUAUCAAAGCUGCCGCAGGACCAGCAACCUACCGCGCGGCCCACGACGCCCUUCUUGAGCUUCCCGGCGUUGGCCCCAAAGUUGCGGAUUGCGUGUGCCUAAUGGGCCUUGGCUGGGGUGAGGCUGUUCCCAUUGACACGCAUGUUUGGCAAAUUGCGCAGCGCGACUACAGCUUUGGGAAGGGGAGCAAGACCAAGACGUUGAACAAGGCAAUGUAUGAUGCAGUCGGUGACCACUUCCGCAGUUUAUGGGGGACCCAGGCUGGCUGGGCUCAAAGCGUACUUUUCACGGCGAACCUCAAGUCGUUCGCCGAGCAAGCCUCCGCAGUCAAGCCAGAGUCUGGUGUGAAAGUGACUAAGGCGGAGAGCGCUGCGAUGGUCUACGAACCAGCCUCUGCCGACCCAGAGGCAGCCUUGGUGAGAUUUGAAGAGAACCGCGAACCUGCCAUCGCGAAAACAAACAGCCGAACGAGAAAGAGGGCAGUAACCACGGCAAAGGUGUCAGUUGAAAGCAAUACCAAGGUGGCCGAAACGUCACAGGUCGAGGUAUGCACACGGAGGAGGAGCAAGAGGAUCAAGGCGGCUGCAAGCUAGAGGCAGGCGCUCAUCGCGUCGAGUUCAGCCGUGUUUCGGCAAUGUACAGUACAUGCAUCUUCUCACGUGCUUGGGCUUGCGAGCAGACCGUCCAUUGCAAAAUUCCGUGGGCAGAGGAUGGCGAUCCCUGACUCGCACCAGCAGACUGUGAAUCACGAACCCCUCCCCCCCCCCC